AUGGCCGCGAAGCUCCUUCUCACCGCCGCCCUCGCGGCCACUGCCCUGGCUGCUCCCAUGGUUGAGGAGCGCCAGAACUGCGGUGGCGUCUGGUCCCAGUGUGGUGGCAAUGGCUGGCAAGGCCCGACUUGCUGCGCCUCUGGAAGCACCUGCGUUGCCCAACACGCGUGGUACUCUCAGUGCUUGCCCAACAGCCAAGUGACCACUGCUCGCACCACCACUACGACGUCCUCGUCCUCGUCCACCAGGUCGACCAGCAGCAGCAGCGUCCGCUCCACCAGCUCCCUCAGCACCACCGGCUCUAGCUCCACCACGUCCACGCCGGCGACGACUACGACAGCCCCCCCCGUCACGUCAAGCAUUCCCGGCGGUGCUUCGUCCACUGCCAGCUACUCCGGUAACCCCUUCUCGGGCGUGCGGCUGUGGGCCAACAACUACUACCGCUCCGAGGUGCACACCCUCGCCAUUCCCAGCUUGACCGGUUCGCUGGUUGCCAAGGCAUCUGCCGUGGCCGAGGUCCCCAGCUUCCAGUGGAUGGACCGCAACGUCACCAUCGACACGCUGAUGCUCAAGACGCUGGCCGAGAUCCGGGCCGCCAACCAGGCUGGUGCGAACCCGCCGUAUGCUGCUCAGCUGGUGGUGUACGAUCUUCCCGACCGUGACUGCGCUGCCGCCGCCUCCAACGGCGAGUGGUCGAUCGCCAACAACGGCGCCAAUAACUACAAGUCGUACAUCAACGCCAUCCGCAAGCACCUUAUCGACUACUCGGACAUUCGCACCAUCCUCGUCAUCGAGCCGGAUUCGAAUGCCAACAUGGUCACUAACAUGGGCGUCGCCAAGUGCAGCGGCGCCGCGUCGACUUACAGGGAGUUGACCGUCUAUGCCUUGAAGCAGCUGAACCUGCCGCACGUCGCCAUGUACAUGGACGCCGGCCACGCUGGCUGGCUCGGCUGGCCGGCCAACAUCCAGCCCGCUGCCACUCUGUUUGCUGGAAUCUACAACGACGCUGGGAAGCCGGCUUCCGUCCGCGGCCUGGCCACCAACGUUGCCAACUACAACGCCUUCAGCGUCGCCUCGCCGCCGCCCUACACAUCUCCCAACCCCAACUACGACGAGAAGCACUACAUUGAGGCCUUUGCCCCUCUUCUCAGCUCUGCUGGUUUCCCUGCUCACUUCAUCGUCGAUCAGGGUCGCAGCGGCAAGCAGCCUACUGGCCAAACCGAAUGGGGCCACUGGUGCAACGCCAAGGGCACCGGCUUCGGCGUCCGCCCGACCUCCAACACGGGCCACAGCCUCGUGGAUGCCUUCGUCUGGGUCAAGCCCGGCGGCGAGUCCGACGGCACCAGCGACACCACCGCUGCCCGCUACGACUUGAACUGCGGUCGGGACGACUCGGUCAAGCCCGCUCCCGAGGCUGGUACCUGGUUCCAGGCCUACUUCGAGCAGCUCCUGGUCAACGCCAACCCUCCUUUCUAA